AAAAAUACAUAUAACUCAUAACAGUUUUCUUCCUAACUCGAUGCCUGUAAAAUUUAAAUGUGAAUAAUUAUGAAAUAAGAUAACUGCACCAAAUAACCCGAAUAAGUGAUUUAGGGGUUAUAAUAAAAGUAAGCGAAACAAAAAUAUACAUAUCUAUAUACCUAAAGCAUUAUAAAAACUUUUCUUUCUGACAUAACAUCCACUAAGUUGUAAUAUUAUUAAACUAUAUCCACUGAAAAAGCCUAAAAUACCUCGGAAAAUUGACUUAGAAGUUAUAAUAAAGAAAAAGCCAGACAUUGCGCUCUCCGCGACUCACUUGUUCAUCACUAAUUUCUUACAAGACACAAUAAGAUGUUUGUGUAAGGCAUCUCAGAGAGCCGUCCCUGUCAUGACCCUGAACCAUGAGCUCCCAGCAGCAACAGUCCAGUGCCAACACGCUCACCACAUCAGCCCACCACCGCAGCACCCUUGCACAGAUUCAGGGGACUACAUAUGGCCAGAGCUUCAGUGGUAGUGAGACUGAUGUGAGCACAUCAACGGAGAACCUGAGUCCUGAGGAGAGAUACGCCUUGGAGCACACGCAGCGACAGGAGCCUCAGGGCCAAGAGAAUGUUGGCAACACUGUCAACAGCAUGGCCAACUCACAGAUCUGCCGUGUGAAUACUCCAGUGACCAGUGUAACAACUGUCGCUCCUGCCACAAGAUCCAAUGAAUCUAAUGCAUCCAUUUGUAGUAGCACAAAUACAUUGAUCAUUCAUAACAAUGUAUCUGAUGAUCCAUGGCAGCACAGGUGGUUGCCAGGUGGAUACUCCACUCCCAUGGCAGGAAGAAAGUCAGUACCCUCCAAUCUGCAUGACAAUCAAGAAGGGGCUGCCACUUACAACAGCCAAGUGCACAAACUGAAUAUGGAAUCUCUUAAUCUUAACUCAUCUCUACUUAACUCAUCUGUACUCAACUCAAGCCUCAUCACCUCAUCCCUGUUGAAUUCCUCGGUGCUCGACUCAUCCGCACUCACACAGAAGACAGCUGUUCCCUCUUACCUCAGUCAGAACAACAUCCUUGGCUCUUCCAAGCUGUCCCACACUGCAACAGACCUGCCAGACAUCCCUUCCUCCUACCUGGAUCAGUCUGAGGUUCUGAAGCACCUCCUGGGUCGGGAGGGAAAGGGUGGCCACAGUGACCAGAGUGCUUCCAGCUCCAAUAGUGGUAUCAACCUCCUCACGGAGAAUGCAGGGCCCUUUGGGCGGGACCUCUCCCAGAUGCCCCUGCAAUACAACCCGGUGGAUGUUGGCCCCAACUACGAUGUGGUUAACCUACCACCUCCCCCAGCUUAUCCAAUCUGGCGGCUCCAGGAGUCGGAGAAGCAGGAGCAGCAGAUGGAAUUGGCCAAGCACGCCAUUGAAAAGUCCAGCCUGUCAAAGUCACAGCCUGAUCUGACCAAGUUGGGCAAUGCCAAGGAAGCCACAAGUCCCAAGGAGUUGCUUAGUCAGAGGAUCGUAUCUGGGCAGACAGACCAUGCAGAUGGUCACCUACAGGAAAUGGCUGACAUUCUGGCUCAGGAGAAUAAAGCCCUAAAGAUGGAGAUUGAUAUGUACCACAGGAAGGUGGCCAAACUACAGAGGUUUGAAAUAGAAAUCAUCAAGGUACACGAGGCACAUGAGGGGCUAGUGAAACUCUCCGAGCGGCGAGAACAGCUAGAGAGGCUUGCCAGGCAUAAAUUGCAAGCUGAGGUGAAGAGGCUGACCGAUCUUAACGCCGACCUAAAGGACCAAGUAGAUGUACUUUCCACGCAAAUUGCCAACCGAGCCAUACCGACCGACAACACUGAUGCCCUGCGCAAAGAGCUUAAUAAGCGGGAUGUGUUUAUUGCUCAGUUGGUUUCUCAAAAUAAGGAGCUUAUAGCAGCUAAAGAAAGACAGGAAAUUGAACUAACAGCCCAAAGGCAGACUUUGAACGAACAGCGAACGCACAUUGACAUUCUGGACUCUGCUCUGACGAAUGCCCAAGCUAAUGUGGUGAAACUCGAAGAAGAGUUACGUAAGAAACAGAAUUUGGUGGAGCAGGCAGGACAGUUGAAGCGCCUCUUAGUUUCCCUACAACUGGCAGCUGACCGAAGAGAGCAAUCAGAGAAGAACUUGCGCCAGAGAUUGGAGAAGGAAAUUGAACAAUUGCGGCUCGGUGUGAGACAGGAGGAGCCGGCAAGCAAACUGAGCGAUCUUCGACGAGAGCUGCGUGAGAAGGAGGAGAAGAUCAUGGUGCUGGAAGGAGAGGUGACCAAGUGGGAGCAGCGCUACCUUCAGGAGUCUGCCAUGAGACAGCUAGCUAUUGACGCAGUGUCUCUGCCCAAGUGCGUCUCCUCCUCACCCACCGGAAUCCCCCAGAAUGCGGAUGCCAAAAUAGCUGCCCUAGAGAAGACAAGUCAGGAGAGCGAGCGACGCAUCGCCCAGGCCAAGUCAGAGAAACUGCGGCACAUGGAUGAGAUACACAACAUGAACAAGAAGCAGACGGAGUAUGAAGCGAGGAACCGGGAGCUGGAGAGCCAUGUGGCUGAGAGAGAUGCUAUGAUUCGUGUGCUACAGAAAAGGGCUGAGGAGAAGGAGGCCAUGUACCAGAAGGCACUCAUGCGGAAUUCUCUGGUGGCAGGGAAAGGCUUGGAAGGCAGAACCAACAGCAACAACAACAGUGUGGUUCACAGUACCCAGGCUUCCACUGUGCAUUCUCACACAAGCAGUGGACUGGGAGGGGCAGCUGGGGGCUCUAGCACCCCUGGAACGCCAAGACGAGAUGAAGAGCUUGGCUGUGCCCCACCUCCCAUCCCCCCCUUCCCUGCCCUGAGCCACCCUUCUGGCACAAGCGCCACGUCGAAGGCUAGUGUCCCCAACCCCUACUUGGAACUGGCGUCAACUUCCUUCCCUUCAACAUCCCUCAUUUCGACAUCGUCAGCCUCGUCCACUUCAUCAGUCUCGGCAGCGGCUGCAGUGCAGGAGAACCAAGCUGCAGGAGGGCGGGGCAGGCUUAGGGAACAAGUCGGUGACAGGUUUAGAGCAGACAGUUGUGGUCGUGCCAGGCGGUCACCUGUGCCUGUGCGCGACCUGGAUUCCCACUCACGCAGCUCCGAUGACCUGCUAGUUGACAAUGAGGAUGCGAAGCAAGGGAAACUGCGUGUGGUGUGUUUUCCAGGAUUGGCUCAUCCUGGCGUUGCAGCUGGAGAAGGCCCGGUAUCCCAAUCACUACUGGAGUGUGUAGAUCCCAGCCCAGCCCUGGUACCCCACACUCACCGUCCUGCCAGUGACAUGCCUCUCAUGGGGUUGGGCAUGGACUCCUCCUCUGUCAUGCGGCCAUGUAGUGACGUGCCUGUCCUUUCCUGUCCACCUUACGAUCCCUUACCCUCAUAUCCAAUGGAAGGGGUAGGUAGCAUUCCUCUCCCACCCCCACGUGACUUUUCCUCCAUGGUUCCUCAGCAGCCGCAGCAACAGGCACAACUUGGGCAGGAGUCCAACUUGCAGACAAUCCCAGUCUUACCAGCAGCACAACCUCGUGGCGACCCCCCUCCAUACCAUGGUCGGCAUGAAGUUUUUAGUCAGCAGUUGCGGGGACCUCAGAUGCAAUCUCCAGCUUUGGCACCAGAGCAAGGCACUGCUGCUGCCAUGCCUGGAAGCCCACCCAUGACUCCCAACAGGCGUAUAGGUCCCAACAUGUCUCCCAGCACACCAAACCUUGCCACUGAAAUGCCAGUGCCUCGUCCAGCCAUGUGUCGUAAUCCUCAUCACCCAACUGUUGCAUGCAGGAAGUGUAACAGUGUCCGCAGCAGCAAUAGACAGAAUGCUGCCAUCCUUGUCCGUCGAGCCAACUCAAGUGCUGGUCAAACCAACAGGAAUUCAGCCCCAUUGCCUGCAUGUCAGUCUGUUGUGGAUACAGAUGAUGCUCCAAGUAUAUUAGCACGCUUGCGACGUGAGUGGGAACUUGAGAACAAUCAGGCGAGUGGCAAUAGUUCACAAAUGCAGAGUUUAUCUCCCCCAGUGUCAGAACAGAGGCAGCCCUGCCAGACUGGUAAUUCUAAGGAGAAUGGCCCACAAAACCAAUCAGCUGCUCAAACAUCACAGGAGACCAAAGAAGCUAUAAAGAUCCAACAACAGAACCAAAAGCAACCAUCACCAUCAAAGAUACAGUCAGCACAAGAAUUUGGAGAUAACCCCCAAUGCAAAAAAGGUCCAGCAACAAAGAAUACAGCCAAGAAUUACCAGCAGCACAGCCAGCUCUCACCCCAUUCACACACAUCUAGAGAAAAGGCUUUUGAUCAGCAGCAGCAAGCAUAUGCUUCUGUGCACAACACUAGACCUCCAGACCAACCACCUGUAUCAUUAUCAGCUGUAUCUGUGUCUUCAGUAAGCAUACCUCAUUCUAGUCCUCUUCCUAAUCAAAUGCCAGCUAAACUUCAUUCUCCUGGUCCCACUACUUGUUCUCGAUCCCAGAAUGUGCCUGAAAAUACAACCUCAAACAAACCAGUUGUAUCUACUAAUAAUGUCACACUAUCUGAAAUUAAGAAUAGCAUCACUUAUUCUGUGAAUAAUAAGACCACAAAUCACAAUCAAAUUAAUAAGAAUAAUGAUAUUAAUAAUUCGAAUAAUAACCAAGAGGAAAAAAUUGAAUUGAUCAUCCUAGAAGAUACAGAUCACCUGAAAGUUCCACCCAGUAAUGGAAACAUAACAGAAUCAAUACAGGAUAUCAUAUGAUAUUUAAAAAAGCAUAUUGAAUUAAAUACUAACUAGAUCAUCAUAAUGAUGAUUUGGUAACUUGCUGUGCCAAGACAAGCCUGGGUAUGCAGAACCCACCAACCUCGGUAUGCAGAGGUAAACUGGCCUCGCUUACUGGCCUCAGCUCCUGUGUCCGGGGUGAUCCUUGUGACACCAGUAAUGGGUCAGGUGCCAAUCUAGGGAGAUUAGGCAAGCAGAGAGCCCACUCAGUCUCUCUCUCUCUCUGUCUUCAGUGCCUUGUGGGCCUACUCACCAAGAUGGCUGAUGGUUCUGAAGCAUGUUUUAACAUGGCAUGGAACUGGGACACUAGUUUCCUCAAGUCUCAUGUUGUGGUGAUGUAUUUCACUAUGGCUUACAGGAAUUCUUCUCUAAAUUUAAUCUCCAUGUUUACAUAUUUGAGGCUUGGAAUGAGAAGCCUUCUCUCCCUUUUUUCUCUCUCUUUCUCUUAUUUUCUGUGGUCAUCAUCUUAAUCUUCUCCUUUUCCUUGUAGUUCUUUCUAUAUUUUUUUCACCAUGGAGCCUUUCACAUCAGUAACUCAGAGUUACCACAAGAAAUCUCAUCUACAUUUCUCAAGACGUUCAUUGGCUGUGUUGGGAGAGUCUUUAUGCUGGUUAUAGAUGAUAAAUAUAUGGUCAUUGUCACCAUUCUGUCCAGUGUGUAUAUAUAUCUAUAUAUAUAUGUAAAGGCUGUGAUGAGUACUGAAGCCAUUCACCAUCAGCAUUAUAUCUUUCUUAUCCAAUACUUAAAGAAGAUCUGAGGAAGUAGACAGGAAGGUGUGUAUCAGAGGUGCCAUGACAAUACGGUGAAGUUUAGGAGAUUUUGUGCCAUUGCCUUCCAUGUAAUGGUGUAUAUUUACUAAGGAAUAUUCUAACUUUGGUGCUAUUAAGUGUCACAUAAGUGUCCAUGUAAUGAUUAAGAGUAGGAUGUAUUUUUCUUCUAGUAUCUAUUUUUUCUGCAUGUAAUAUAACUUCAGUAUGUGCUCUCUCUACAAGUGUGUGUAUAUACAUUAUAUAUAGGUAUAUAUUUAUAUAUAUCUACUUAUUAGUCGUAUUUAAAAAGAUGAACAAAAUUGUUUUAUAGGAAAUACAGAUCUUGGACUAAUAAGAGGAAAAUUUAAGGUAAAAAAAAUAUUGCCAUACACAAUAGUGCAUCCUAUAACCAAGACUGGAACUUGGUAUUAAUAUAAACAAACUAUUGAUUUAUUCUUUGGAUAUGAAGCAGCUCUUAGUUGUAUACAAUCAGAUAUUUUAGAUAGAUUGUAGGAUUUUCUAAAAACAAAUAGUCAAAAAUGAUUGCCUUGUGUAGGUAUCUGUGCAAAUAUUAAUUUUGUAUUUAUUAAUGUACAGGUGCACCUGUAUUUUUUUAUUUACAGUUCAGGAGGUUCAUGCAACUACUUUUAUGCUCCAUAUUUAUGCACAUAUUAAGAUAUCAGUGGUAACCUUUUGUGCAUAUGGUUUCAUGUAGUUUGGUGCAGUUUGUAUGCAGUACCUGUGCAGCUCAUCUAAGAAUGUGAACUAAAUAGCAAAACUAUAUAGACAUAGAAUAUUGAAAUCUGAAUUGUCCAUAUUGAGUGAUAAAGGGUUCCAGAGGUUAAGAAAUGUUAACAUUGCAGCUUUCUGCAGCUUUUGGUCACUUCUUGAAAGGAGUCUUGACAAGCAGCUGUGUGUGUAAGUCCUGGUGCGUAAUCACUGAUGAGUAUGUGUGACAUUGUUGACAAAAAUUUUGAGAUGUUUGCGGAGAGGAAAUUUUGAUAUAGGUAUGUAUGUCAGUUCAGUUAUUGUAUUUUAAAAUCACAUUUGCAAGCUGUGCUAUGCAUUUGUGGUCUGCAAGUCCAUUGUAAUAGAUUUGUAUAACAUGGGAUAUUUUUUUCAUGUGAGAGUAGCCACUAGGUUCUCAGAAUAUGAGUGUAAUGGAGCAGAAGUUCACUGAUUGUACUUAAAAUUAGCUGCUGAAUAUCUUGGGAUAACAAAAAGUUAUUAUUAACAUUGGUUUUAUGUUCCUGCUUCAACCAAAGAAGUUGUCUGUUAGGAGGCCUUAAAAGUUGCCUGUUUGUACUGUAGUAUAAUUCAGCGAUAUAGAAAUUCUUGCUUUUGUGAGUUUCUGUAGGAGUUACCAUUUAGAGAGAAAUGAGGAGAAUCAGGUGAAAUAUGCAGCUAUUUCUUUCUAAGAAUGGAAAUGCUUAUUACUAUUAAUAUUAUUAUUAUUUAUGAUUAUUAUUGAUAUUAUUGUUAUAAUUAUUAUUAUUAUAAUUGUUAUUAUUAUUAUUAUUAUUGCUAUUCUUAUUGAUAUAAU